AUGGACUCGUCGCCGCUUGUAAAAGCCCACGACCAUGUGCGCGCCGCUGGUGUCGCUCACCACUCGUCCGAUAGCACUGUCGCAAUCACUGAGCAUACUCAAGCCGCCGGCGAGUUCGCCAACGCUGCCAGGUCGACCUCGAGUGUCGAAGCCCUCCGAACCCUUAAACUCCUGGAGGAGCACCACCGGAAGAUCGCAGAGAUUUUGAAGCGCCCGGCGGAGCCCACCUCACAGGUCAACGAGUCUGACCUCAAUGAAAAGGAUUCGCCCGAUAAGGCGAAUACCUACUCUCAAGAUGCACACGAUAAGAGAGAGAACCGAGAAGACUCUGCGACAUCCAAGAAGAUAGCUCCUCCUACUCAACGGCGAUACGCUCACCGCGAGAUGUCAUCAUCCAUUGCCAGCAACCUGGCUACUGCUCGUGGCAUUCGGUCAAAGUAUAGAGGACAGCCUCUUGCGCCGAGUGUUUCCAACGAUCAAGCACCGGGAAACUUAGACGCAGUAUCCCACCCGCGAGGGACAAAGACCCAAAUGCAGAACAUUAUCGACCAUCAGCCUGGUAAACCGACCUGGGUUCCUCCGGUUCCUGCGCCCACAAGGUCCGACAGCUAUAGCAAGGGCUCAUCUUCUCCACGAUCCGAUACAGUACCAGCCGCGGUAGCCAACGAGGAUGGAGGGUAUGCCCGCUUCUACAGCUCUUUUGGAAGUCUCAUCAACAAGAUCUCGGCACCUCUGGCUUUUGCUGGAUUGCCGCUAAUCCAAGAGGAAUCUGCUGUUUCAGAAACCCCAGAUUCUCCAGAAAUGUCACCCCGACGAAGUCAUCUCAAGGCGUCCCCUUCGAAAAUAUUGGAACCAGAUCUUACCAAAAUAUACUCCAAGGCAACCAUGCAGGCUCUGGUUCGCGAUGGGCACGGUCCCAACGAUUCUUUCUAUGUAGUGCCCAGUACUGGCCAUACCAUGUCUUAUGCAAACAUCCUAAGCUUUGCUGAGAAGGAGAAGAGGAGACUUGGAGCCUCUUCACAUAGUGAUUUUCUAGAUGUUCCAGACGAAGAAGAUGAUGACUUUGUGGAUGCUCGGGAAGCACCAUCACUCUCACCUGGAGCCAAACGUCGUAUCGGCCGCGCGCGCACUGACAAGGAACUCAGCAACACCAUCGAAGAACUAUAUACUGAAAACAAAUCUCUUAAAGACAUGAUAGACAAGCUGACGAAGCGCCUUACCGCCUUUGAAACCAGCGCCCAGACUUCUGCCAUGGCCCUCGCCGAGAGUUACCGUCUCAUGCGCCCCGGAUCUCCCUCUGCCUCACCAUACCCCAACAAGGUCGCCGAUGAAACGUUGCGACGCAAGAACCAAGAAAUGGAAGAACAGCUCGCUGCAGUUACGAAACAAAUGGAACGGCUGGAGAAGGAUAAUCGUAAAAUGCAAAAGGUUUUGGAUAAGUAUCGUGAGAAGUGGGAAACGCUGAAGGCUGGAGCGAAAGCUCGAAGGGAGGCUCAAGGGGCGGGUGAGAGUGUAGAUGAUGCUUCAGCAGUUGGGUAG